UGUAAUCAUCCCAUCUCUUCUCGUGGUGUGUCUCUGUAACGAAUAAAGUCGCGACAACUACUCAACGUAAAACCAGAUGCUUAGGCAUCAAAGCCCAAGUUAACGUUAGGGAAUCAAAGUAAGGCCGUUAUUUCCAGUCUAAAACAUUCGGCCAAGAGAGUGUUGUGAUUCGAUCGAGCGAAAGAGGGAAAAGUUGUGUUAAUAAUGAAUUCUGAAAUUUGUUGGACUAGUUUUUUUUUGUUGACCGUGGCGCUCUCUGGCGGCGAAUCGGCUGCUGGUCUCGGCUCCGAUUUUUUAAGGGCGGAAAUUCAAACGUACGCGCCAAUAGUGCAGAAAAUUUUCAAGUACGUAGUGGACGGAGGCUACAAAAACGUCACGUAUGAUUCACUGGCCGAUUUUACGGAUCGUUUCGGGUCGAGGCUUGCCGGUACCCGCAACCUGGAGGAUUCCAUCGAUUUUAUUUUGGAAAAAUCUGAGGAGCUUGGUUUGGAGAAUGUGCGCGGGGAGGAUGUGCAGGUGCCACAUUGGGAGAGAGGCUACGAGGCGGCCUACUUGCUGAGCCCGAGGAAAACCGAGAUCAAAAUUUUAGGCUUGGGUCAUUCGAUCGGCACCCCACCUGAGGGUCUGACUGCAGAUGUUGUCGUCGUGGACUCUUUUGAAGAACUUGAGCGGUUGAACAGCACCAACACAGAUGCAAUCAAAGGGAAGAUAUUGGUGUUCAAUGAGGCUUACGUAUGGUAUGGUGUGACGGUGGAGUACCGGGGGAGAGCCGCAGUGGAGGCGGGAAAAUACGGAGCAGUGGCAACAUUGGUCCGCUCAGUGGCUCCCUUCUCCAUAAAUUCUCCCCAUACAGGCUCCAUGAACUACGCCGAAAACGUCACCAAGGUCCCCGUUGCUUGCAUCUCCAUCGAAGCAGCAGAGAUGCUUCGCAGAAUGGUCGAUAGAGGUUCACAAGUGACGAUAAAACUGAUAAUGAACGCGAAAGAAUACGGUCCUGAGACCUCACGGAAUGUCAUCGCGGAAAUCGGAGGGUUUUCCAAGCCACUGGAGCAGGUCAUUAUCUCGGGUCACAUCGAUAGUUGGGAUGUCGGGCAGGGAGCGAUGGACGACGGUGGUGGCGCUUUCAUCUCGUGGCACAGUCUUAUCGUCCUCAAAAAUCUGGGGCUACGACCUCGAAGAACAAUCAGAGGAAUCCUAUGGACGGCAGAAGAGUGGGGAUACGUCGGAGCGAAAGAAUAUUUGAACAGGCACAGGUCCGACUUGGAAAAAAUAAACUUUGUGAUGGAAUCAGACGGGGGAACGUUUACGCCCCUCGGGUUGGAGGUCGCUGCAUCUGAUGCGGCCGCCACUGUAAUCCAAGAGAUCUUGAAUUUAAUGGGUUACAUAAAUGCAACGCAGAUAAAAAGGUAUAAAUCCGUGGGUUCUGACAUCGAACUAUUCAUCAACGAAGGGAUCCCAGCUGCGAGUCUGCUCAACGAUAACGAGAGGUACUUCUGGUUCCACCAUUCCGAAGGUGACAUGAUGACCGUCCAGAAUCCCCAAGACAUGGACAAGUGCACCGCGCUUUGGGCAGCAGUCGCCUACGUCAUUGCUGACCUCAAAGAUCCGAUGCCCCGAAGAUAAUCGUCAGGGUUUUGAACACGUUUCGGCCGAAAUGCAUUCAACAAUAAAAUGAAUACAAAAAAUAUUUUCGAGUGGAUAUUGAACACGUUGCGAUGAAAAAAGAAACUUAAUUUUGAGGUGAACACAAGCAAUUUGUUGAUUAUAAUUUUGAAAUCUCUGCGCGACUUCAGAGCUUACUUCCAGCAUUUUAGGAUCUUCUCUACAGAGCAAAACCAUGUCAAUAUCGCUACGAUUGUGUAACUCUUUUUUUAUUUAUAGGCAUCCAAAGUCAAAAAGUGGCCCUCAUUGUCUGAAUUUCUUUGCCCAAAUAUUCAAAACAAUGACGGAAACAUGUUGAGCGAAUUGCAGAACAGAGCAUAUAUAGUUUUCGACAAGCACUGGAAAAAACACAUUGGAUCUGGAGUCCAGACUCUUAAAAACAUCGACAAGAAAAAAUACUCUUGAUUCAAUCGGAUUUUCGCUUAGAUCAAGAACCAAGCCCUUUAAUUUCAGCGGAUUUCCUUUUAAUUUAAGCGAAAAUCUGAUUGAAUCAAGAGUAUGUUUUCUUGUCAAUGUUUUCAAGAGUCUGAACUCUAAAUCCAAUGUAUUUUUUUCCGGUGAGCCUAAUAGUCAAGAAGAUUCACAAUCUUAGCAACCUUAACAUAAA